AUGCGCUGGAGAGGAAUAUCACCGGACCAACAGUAUAAACCGUAGUCAUGGCAAUAUGUGGGCACUUGAAUUUCAAACUGCGUACGAAGUGAUUUGAUAACAUGUCUGACGCAACAUUAACUCCGACACUCGAUGUAAAGUUUCUGGGCGACUCUCCGGAGCGCAACAACACCAGCACCGCUCCGGAGCAUCCACACUUGCAUUCAGGCAUCAUUAUCGCCACCGUUUACGCGCUCCUCAUUAUUGCUGGACUUAUUGGUAAUGUGACGCUCAUUAGAACGUUUUGCAUCGUGAAAUCCAUGCGCAAUGUUCCCAAUCUGUUCAUGUCGAGUCUCGCUCUCGGAGACGUGCUGCUGCUGGUCACCUGCGCGCCCGUGGAUGCCAGCAAGUUUCUGGCGGAUGAGUGGCUCUUUGGGCGGAUGGGUUGUAAACUCAUCCCGUUCAUCCAGCUGACGUCGGUCGGAGUGUCGGUGUUCACGCUCACAGCGCUGGCAGCGGACAGAUACAAGGCCAUUGUCAAGCCAAUGGAUAUCCAGGUAUCUAAAGCUUCGCUAAAGGUCUGUCUGAGGGCUGCGUCAAUCUGGCUGCUCUCCAUGGUCCUGGCCAUUCCUGAGGCAGUGUUCUCCGAUCUCCACACCUUCCACAUCCCAGAAACCAAUGAAACUUUUAAAACAUGCGCCCCGUACCCUCACGCUGGAGACCUGCACCCUAAAAUCCAUUCCAUGGCCUCUUUCCUCAUUUUAUAUAUCAUUCCUCUCUUCAUUAUUUCUGUGUACUACAUCUUCAUUGCCAGGAGUCUGAUUGAGAGUGCGAUUAACAUGCCUGUGGAAGGAAAUGCGCACAUUCGGAGGCAGAUUGAGUCACGGAUGCGGCUUGCCAAGACAGUGCUAGUGUUCGUGGGUCUUUUUGCCAUCUGCUGGCUCCCGAACCACGUGAUUUACCUCUACCGGUCCUACCACUACACAGAAGUGGACACCUCAAUGGCCCAUUUCAUCUCCAGCGUGUGCGCACGUAUCCUUGCCUUUACUAACUCUUGUGUGAAUCCCUUCGCUCUCUAUCUGCUCAGCAAAUCCUUUAGGAAGCAGUUCAACAAGCAGCUUUGCUGCUGCUGUCCGUCCAUCUCUCUGCGUUCACAAAGCACUAGGCGUAACAACACGCGACUGAGCUCACUCAAAAGCACCCAGAACCACUCUGUGGCCAGCUUCAGCCUUGUCAAUGGCAACGCUGUCUGCCAUUCGAGCUAAACAGACAUAUUUAACUUUUUCUUCAGAGAGAUAUUAUAGGAAUAGUUCACCCAAAAAUAAAGAUGUACACCUUGUUCAAAAAUUUCCUUUUGCAUUCCACAGAAAAAAUAAGGCUUUUCCUUUAAAAACUAUUGAAAUAACAUGUUUAGUUUAAGAGACAACAAGAAAUUGGGAAUGUUAUAUGCCUGUUGGCUGUUGUUGGAUUAGAUUUUGACUUCUAAUUGUUAUUUGGUCUUUUCUUUCUGAACAAAUGAAAAUAGAUUCAAAAAUUAGGACAAUGGAAUAUUUUAUGGACAUUGAGACUUUCAGUUAUUCGUAAAUGAAUUAUAACUCAUCUGAAAUCAAUGUUGUCUGUUAAUUAUUGCAAUUUCAGCUAUUUAAAUAUAAAUUAAAUAUAAAUAAUAAAUAAUAUAUACAAUCAUCUUUGCUUGUCUGUAAUAAAUAUGUUUAAAUUGAGAGGUACGGGCGCCUGCAGGAUUUCAUGCUCCAUGAUUUUUGUUGCCAAAUCACUAAAAAAUUAAAUUCAAGUUUUUAUUUUCUUGAAUAUGUAUAGCAUUCCUGUAACUAUUAUGCACUUCUAUUAAACUUAAGUUGAGACACUUCAGAUCAAACGAUCAGUGAGAGCAAUAACUGUAUGUUCAUAUAGGAAAACAACCUCAAAAACAGCACAGGUGAACACAAAAACACUUUCGGUGUGAAUAAAUGCUGUUUCACACUGGACGCGCAAGCAGAGCAGAAGCAGCACAGAAGGUGUUCGUAUGUAGAGCAGAAGUCAAUUGUGCUUUCACGCUGGCAGUGCACAGCUGAACCAGGGCUUGUGUACUGCAAAUACAGACAAGUAUCAUCUAUUGUCACCUUUUUGAGGUGUUCUCCUCCGACCACUGUCUGCAACAUGCUUUGAUUUAUGAUACUCUGCUCUGAUGCAGCCGUGUUCCCCUUGCACACAUAUUAUAUAUGCAUAUAAAAUGCUGUAUAUAUGAUAAAAGUUUUCUUAAAGUUAAUCUAUACCUCUAGUUUUAAUAAUUUAAACAAGUUUUUGAGGUUUAGGCAAAAAAAACAGGUGUAUUUUGACCAAGAACAAGGCACUGUGGCUUGUGUCGAAACGAUCACCACACUGCUGCUUUACACAACAGCCAUGUACCAAAAAAUGGAAAAGUUUUUCCUUUACGUUUUUUGCGUACAGAUUACAAAACGCUGUCAAAACGAUCCCUAUUCACACGGGUCCGCGAAAGUGACCAAAAACGCUGUGUUUGGAGAUGUCACUUUGUAAAGAAACAAUACGUGCCUAUGAACUAAACACAUAAUACGUAUGCGCGUGACGUCACCGUUUUGACAAAUUCGUGUUUUUGUAGUUUACACAGAGACGAUAAUGAUAUCGUUUUCAAAAACUUGCACUUUGAAUCCCGUUUUCAAAUCUUUGUAUUUUGGAUGGACCAUCAUACUUUUUUCUCCCCUAAAACUUGUUAGUUUCUGUAUGAAUCACAUUGUAAAAAUCAUACGAAAUCAGUACGACAAUUUCUAAUGAGAUCAGGUUGGAAUAUCCAGUUCAUCCAGCUCUGUUUGUUCUCUGUGUUCUUAAAGGAUUAGUACACUUUAAAAUGAAAAUUAUCCCAAGAUUUACUCAUCCUCAAGCCAUCCUAGGUGUAUUUGACUUGCUUCUUUCUGAUGAACACAAUCGGAGUUAUAUUAAUAACCAAGCUUUAUAAUGGCAGUGAACGGGGGCAACGAGUUUGAAGCUCGAGAAAGUGCAUCCAUCCAUCAUAAACGUACUCCACACGGCUUCCGUAUUCAACUUGCGAAGAAAGUGUAAUGCCUCUCGCAGUUCAAAACACUUCUGCUAUGUCCUACACCUUCCGUAUUCAACUUAUGAAAAAAGCGUAAAUGACGUCGCGCCAGUUACGUUUUUUUCAUAAGGCAGUCUGGCGGAAGCUUGAUAUUUUACUUUAUAACUUGUUAAAUAUGGAUAUUUUUUACACAAACGCAUUGCUUCGCUUCAGAAGGCCUUUAUUAACCCCCUGGAGCCGUGUGGAAUACAUUUAUGAUAGACACAUUUUACCAUUUCACUGAAAAGUGACAGACUUGAAUGAUAAAUUCACAAAUGACCGACAUCGCUGGUUCAGUCGACAGAAAUAUGUGACACACAUAAUAACUGCUAAAAUAUUAGCAGAGAAAAGUUUCUCUAUAGACAGUCGAAUCACUUGCACAGUCCAUACAGCCAUACACCUGCAGGCGCCAAGAGAGGCAAAUCCAUUUUAAUGUGAAGAAAUUAAGAAAUUUUAUGUAAUUUUAUUUGCAAUAUUUGGGUAUAUAUAUAUAGAUAUUUUUCAUGGUGACUUGCAGUUCUAAUGUGGUAACUGGGACUGUGAUUAUUCUAAAUAUUUGCAAUGGAUAAAUAUUUUUCAUGGAGAUUUUUGGUUUUAAGUUUACAGAGGUAACUGUAUCAAAUGUGAACAAAAAUAGUCAGUGUCUUUGUCUGCUUUACAAGUAAAAGUCAUUUUAAUGGAGCUGUAUUGAUCAUUGACUGAUGCUCUGCUGUAUUAUUUAGUCAGUAUUGUGUAUGGUGAAUCCUGGGAGAAAUUGGCUGGGGUUUCUGAAGGACACAUGCUUUUGUGGUGCCUUUAGGGAGUAUUUCUCUGUAUUUUCAAGAUACAGAAACUAUUUCCUCCAUUGCACUUUUGUGACUCAAUCCUUCAUAAUGCUUUUUUGAUUGUAUUAUUUGAAAAGCAUACUGUAGUAGCAAACUGAUUAUGCCUUUUUUGUAAAUGGUCAUAGAUUCCAGUUCUUUUUAGCUAAAAAAGGACACUACAAGAUGAAAAGAAAACUUUUUGACCUGUAAUGAAGUUAAUGUGGAUGCAAUCAUGUUGUUGUUGUUGUUGUUUUUGUGGACUUGUGAUCUUGUUUCACAUGAAGAAACUCAAGUGUAUUUGACUUUGUGAAUAAAGUGGUGCAUAUUACA